GGCGUCCAAAACAAUGAUCUUUUUGCCUUGAUCUUUCACGAAAAUGUCCGCAUUUCAGGGCCAGAAAUUGGUUCACUUUGAUCUCAAAGGCGCUCCACCGAAGCUUGAGUACAUGCUGCGUUUAAUCCCUUUGCUUCGCGAAUGGGGAGCGACUGGAAUUCUGAUGGAGUAUGAAGAUUUCUUCCCGUAUAAAGAUCAAUUUCAGGUCGUUCGUAAGCCUCGUGCAUACACGUUAAACGACAUCCACAGGCUGCAACAAGCUGCCGAAAACGAGAACUUGACUUUCAUUCCGCUUGUUCAAACGUUCGGUCACAUGGAGUUCGUUUUAAAGCAUGCAAAAUUUGCGGAUGUGUUGGAGACAGCUAAUAAUCCUAUUUCGGUCUGUCCACUGCACAAAGCUGCGCUGAAUUUGGUUAAAAGUCUUGUGGAUCAAGUUGUCGAAGCACACGAAGAUCUCAAGUACCUGCAUAUUGGAGGGGAUGAGGUGUUCAAUUUGGGCACGUGCGCUGCCUGUCAGGCGUCAAGCAUGAGUAAGCAACAGCUGUAUAGCACUCACAUGAUACCACUGCUUCAGUAUGUCAAAACAAAAUGGCCGAGCAUCUCACUGCUCAUAUGGCACGAUAUGUUGGCCGACUACAGCGUCGAGGAGCUUCAGCCGUUUGGCAGCCUCGUAGAGCCGAUGGCCUGGGGAUACCUGGAUGAUAUCGGGAAUUACUUUCCCCAGGAAAUGUUCUCUCGUUUCAGUCAGGUCUUUGAUAAUAUCUGGGUUGCAAGCUCUUACAAAGGAUCAUCAGGGCCAACGGCCGAUUUUGUCCCGCUAGAGCACCACGUUGCCAACCAUCUCUCUUGGCUUCAGCUCAUCUCGAAUCUGCCCGAAACCACCCGUUGCAAGAUAUCGGGUAUAGCCCUGACGGGCUGGUCGAGAUACGACCAUUUUGCGACGCUCUGCGAACUAUUUGCACCCGCGGUCCCGUCUCUCGUCCUGUGCUUGGCAAUUCUCGAAAACGGCCAUCUUACCAACGAAGUCGAAGAACUUGUCGCUCAACAACUCGGUUUCACAUCAACCCGCUCCUUGAAGCCUCUCGUGAGCGACCCGAACGCGGAAUUCGAAAAGGGUUGUUUCCCCGGGUCGGAGCUUUUCUCGUAUGUUGCGUACUUAGAGAAAGCGAAGUUUUUCUUAAAACGGACGAGAUUUCAAAUGAACGGUUGGAUUACGAAUUGGCAUUGGAAGAAUAAGCUCGUGAACGCUGCACAUCUCGAGCAUGCGCGUUGGUUGUGCGAUGUCGCCCUUAAGGAUUUGAGCUUCAUUCGGGUGCACGUGGGGCAGUGCCUCAGGGCGAUUUACCACGAGGAAACCGUCGAGGAAUGGCUGGAAGUUAAAGUGGAAGAACGAAUACGAAAAGGAAAUGGAUAUUUGGAAAUAUUGAAUAAUUUUAAUCGGAAGAGAACGUAAUAGGAGAAUUGCACACUACAGACGAUGGAGAUGAGGAUGUAUAAGGAAAUGAGGAAAAUAUUUGAAACGUAGGAAAAUAACAGCCUAUAAAAACGAAAAGACCUCUCCUUUGUUACCAUUCAAGCACGCUGCUAGGUUCUUUCCCAUCCAAAUGCUUUUAUAUUUUUGUUUUCAGUGUUAAAUUUUUAAAUUUAAAGUAGGUGCGGACCACCCGUAGCGUCUUUAUAGAAGUCGUGAAAUUUCUGUUUUUUAUAUAUAUAUAAAACAAAAAAAAUCAUCUUGGAAACUCAAGAUUUGAUUUAUUAAACACACAAGACUGAUAAAGUCAUUGUCAAACCAAUUAGCUUUGAAAUUGACUCUGAAAUGUCGAAGUAUCGUUAUAAUUCAGCGUCUAAAAUCUUGAGUUCACACGAUGUUAUUUGCAGUUUGUUUCGUCUUAUAUUUCAAAAUAUAGUCUGCUGGUAAAGGCUUUUUUGAUAUACAGCCCUACGCAUAGGCAGCGCAAAUAUGCGUGACAAUUUGAACGCGAGAAAGUUUUCGGCAAUUUGUCAACAUUCAGUUUCAAAGUAUCACGCACAUUUGGGCCGCCUAUUAUGCCCAAUGUCGGGUUAAGAAUUUCAACUAAAGGCAAAUAUGAUCAUGCUCAUUUAGUGACCAGCGAUUAUUUUGUUGUUAUUUCAGUUCCCAUAAGAGUCAAACUGUACACGGACAAGCAUUUGUAAAAUAUUUAAAA